UGCGAUAGGUGCAAGAAGAGGAAGAUUCGCUGUACUGGAUUGCAGCCCUGUCGGCUGUGCAUUGAGGCCAAUACAAACUGCACAUACGACGCUGCAUACACUCGGGGGAGGCACGGCGCGGUGGUGCCUCGUAGAAGCAGCCGCGCCUCUCCGCCAUCACAGCCGUCACAACACAGCAGCCAGCAUGAGCGCCAGACGUCGGACUCG